GGUGGCAGCCACUUCUGGGGAUGAGCCAUUCCACUUCUUGUAGAACCAGCGCCCAUUACCUCUUCAUCUCCUUGUUCUGUUUUUCCUCAGCAGUGACUCAUCAUCGGCUGCUGACCUCACAAGGAAGACUCGGGGAUCUGGAACCACUCAGGGGAGUUUUUUCCUGAGACAUGAAACUUGUGGGCCGAAUGUUCCGCACCCUCUUAACUGGUCCACGAAGGUGGGGAUGCACUCAGAGCUGGGCAUUCAGCUCACGGUUACCCCAUUUACCCGUGGCUGGACUGUUAACCGCCACAGAGCUGGUUAGCCACUGGACAGCAGUUUUUGAGAAGAGGGGUAUCCCCGAGGCCCGGGAAUCCAGUGAGUACAUCGUGGCUCAUGUCCUUGGAGCCAAAACAUUUCAGAGCCUGAAGCCAGAACUUCGCACCCAGCCCCUGAGUCCUGGACAGCUACAAAGCAUUCAGGAACUGAGUAGCUGCCGGUUGCAAAGGAUGCCUGUGCAGUACAUCCUCGGUGAGUGGGACUUCCAGGGACUUACUCUGAAGAUGGUACCCCCAGUGUUCAUCCCUCGCCCAGAAACAGAGGAGCUAGUUGAAUGGGUGCUGGAGGAAGUGAGCCAGAGGGCCUGUGCUGACCCCCUUGUCCUGGAGGUGGGCUGUGGAUCAGGAGCUAUUUCCCUCAGCCUGCUGAGCCAACUUCCCCAGAGCCGGGUCAUUGCUGUGGAGAAGGAAGAAGCUGCCAUCCACCUUACCAGAGAGAAUGCUCAGAGGCUGCAGUUACAGGACAGGCUUCAGAUCAUUCCCCUUGAUGUGACCACAGAGGAAUGUUGGAUGCAGCUUUUGCCUUGGGGCCCUCUGGAUCUGGUCGUCAGCAACCCUCCCUACGUCUUCCGUGAGGACAUGGAGCAUCUGGCUCCUGAAAUCCGAAGCUAUGAAGACCCGGUAGCCCUGGAUGGUGGGGAGGAGGGCAUGGAUGUCAUUGCCCAUAUCUUGACCCUAGCAUCUCGGCUCUUGAAGGACUCCGGAAGCAUCUUCUUAGAGGUGGAUCCAAGACACCCAGAACUUGUUCACAGCUGGCUGCAGAGCACGCCUGACCUAUCCCUUGAUCUCAUUGCUGUGCGCAAGGACUUCUGUGGGAGGCCCCGGUUUCUGCAUAUCCAGCGUAGCUGCCCUGUGGACACUUGGCCAGGGCCCCAGACUGUCGCAGUGCAUGGCUGACACUUCUUCCUGGAAUACUACUUGGAGGGAGGUGGAUGGCAUGGUCCUGAACCCAAGAUGCUUGCAGCAUUUUCCGUCGCGCUGUGAUUCACUGUGCCCUAUGUUUCUAGGAGACUGUGGAUACAAGCAAGGACAGAGUCGUCCUUCCUGGGAUGGCAAAGAGCCAGGAUCUGGCUCAGGAGCUCCACAGACCCAGGAUCCCAGGAUGACCCCAUCAUAUCAGAAUGUUCCGUGCCAGUGGCUCUGGCCUCAGAGUGUAGAAUUGUUCUGGUGACAUCAGGAGUUACAACAAUAAAGUGUUAGGAGACUGUCA